CGGCCGGAGGCUCCUACGUCCGUUCGGCUUGCGGUAGUGAGGGUGGACGCGGCGACCGCGGAGGACGAGGGGCGGGGCGCGGGGGACGCGAGAGGCGCUGAAGCGCGGGGAGAGCGGCUGAGCUCCAUGGAGGGCUCAGGAGAGCCGCUGGACCCACAGCCACCGCAUCCCGGGGACCACCGCAUCCGUGACGGCGACUUCGUGGUGCUGAAACGGGAAGAUGUGUUCAAAGCGGUGCAAGUCCAGCGGAGGAAAAAAGUGACUUUUGAAAAACAGUGGUUCUAUCUGGAUAACAUCAUUGGCCAUAGCUAUGGAACCACAUUUGAAGUGACCAAUGGAGGAAGUCUUCAGCCUAAGAAGAAGAAGGAAGAGCCUACUUCAGAGACCAAAGAAGCAGGCACUGAUAAUCGAAAUAUAAUUGAUGAUGGGAAAUCUCAGAAACUUACUCAAGAUGACAUAAAAGCUUUAAAGGACAAAGGCAUUAAAGGAGAGGAAAUAGUUCAGCAGUUAAUUGAAAAUAGUACAACAUUCCGAGACAAGACAGAAUUUGCUCAAGAUAAAUAUAUAAAAAAGAAGAAAAAGAAGUAUGAAGCCAUCAUUACUGUUGUGAAGCCAUCCACUCGCAUUCUUUCAAUUAUGUAUUAUGCAAGAGAACCUGGAAAAAUUAACCACAUGAGAUAUGAUACACUAGCCCAGAUGUUGACCUUGGGAAAUGUCCGUGCUGGCAAUAAAAUGAUUGUAAUGGAAACUUGUGCAGGCUUGGUGCUGGGUGCAAUGAUGGAACGGAUGGGAGGUUUUGGUUCCAUUGUUCAGUUGUACCCUGGAGGUGGACCUGUUCGGGCAGCAACAGCAUGUUUUGGAUUUCCCAAAUCUUUCCUCAGUGGUCUUUAUGAGUUUCCACUCAACAAAGUGGACAGUCUCCUAAAUGGAACAUUUUCUGUGGAGAUGUUAGCUUCAGAGCCUAAAGACAGUGCAUCAGUUGAAGAAAGUAAUGGGACUCUGGAGGAAAAACAGACUUCGGAACAAGACAAUGAAGACAGUGUGGCAGAAGGCCCAGAGAGCCAUCACCCACCAGAACAGGAAACAAUGGAAAUCAUCUCUCAAGAUCCAGAAUAUAAGGAGCCUAAAGAGAGAGGAAACAAAAAGGAUUAUAUUCAGGAAAAGCAAAGGAAACAAGAAGAGCAAAGGAAAAGACAUUUAGAGGCUGCUGCUCUGCUGAGUGAAAGAAACGCAGAUGGUUUAAUUGUAGCUAGUCGUUUCCAUCCCACUCCACUGCUGCUGUCUUUGCUGGACUUCGUGGCCCCUUCAAGACCGUUUGUGGUCUACUGUCAGUAUAAAGAGCCUCUGUUGGAAUGCUACACAAAACUGCGGGAAAGAGGAGGCGUCAUCAACCUCAGGCUGUCUGAAACCUGGCUUAGGAAUUACCAGGUUUUGCCAGAUCGAAGUCAUCCCAAACUACUGAUGAGUGGAGGUGGGGGGUACCUCCUCUCAGGCUUCACUGUUGCCAUGGAUAACCUUAAAGCAGACCCCAGUCUCAAAUCCAACGCAAGCACUUUAGAAUCAAACAAGACUGAAGAGCCAGCAGCGAAAAAACGGAAAUGCCCAGAGUCUGACUCUUAAACUUUCAAAAAUUGCUCUGAUUUUUGUCCUCAGGCAUUAUACAGUUAGUAAUUUGACUUUAAAUGCCAUUACUAAUCGUUUUCUCAUAUUCUGAAAGUAAGAAUGUGUCUAUACACUUGUUCCUGGGAAGAACAAGUAAGCCUUUGUCCACCUCUGACACAGAUAAAUUUGGUCUGUCAGAACAUCGAGCCAAAACACCCAAGUCUGGGGUGUAUGCAGUGGACUGGUAUGUAUGGCCAAUUCUGUUUAUUUCACAAAAAUCCUCUAAGUACUUUUAGUACUCUGAAAAUAUCUUGAGAAUUUAGACCUCCUAAAAAUAUAUUUAUACAAGACUUUGUUUAUAUGUUAAGCUAAGUGGAAUAACACAACAUACCUAAAACUUGGGUACUGAAAGCCAGAAUCUGUGGAAGAAAUUUCUCGUGUUCAUUCCACCGUCUUAAACCGAAGCAAUAUGGCUGUGUGAGUGUGUGAGAUUUACAGUACCAAAAAUGUCCUCCCUGUUCCCUCCAGUGGAAUAAACUUUUUUUAAAACAUUAGGUUUUUUUUUUUUUUUAAUUUUAAUAGUUGACAACUUAGGAAAGUUCUGAGUAUUUAUUUUACUGCUUUUUUUGUCGAUACACAAAGGUGUAGUAGGGUACUUUUUUGUGUUACUUUUCUCAUCCCCUCAUUCUUUGUUCCAAAACAAGUGACUAUAAUUUUUGUGUACUAUUGAAUUAAAGGAAACAGCGAAGGUUUUUUUUCCCCAACCAGGGACUUACAGAGCUACACCCCCACCCACACACGUUUGUGGUUGUUGGUAUAUAUACAUAUAUAUAUAUAUAUAUAUAUAUAUAUAUAUAUUUAUAUAUACAUAUGGAAACAAUGCACUAUCUAUAUGAUCUAUGACAAGUUUAGUGCAGGGCUUAGACCAGUUCUCAUUGCAUUAGUGUCACUCCUUGUCAAAUGUAUUUUAAAGUGCCUUUUUUGGUGAUUAUUAAUGCUGGUUUGUUGAGCUCUGGCAUGAUUAGGUGGUUAGCCUUUCUAAGCUCUGGAAACAUAUAAUCAAAUUUGGUCAUCUACUGCAGCCAAGGAAAGUAUUUAGAGUAAGCCACAGCUCUUGUCUUGCUCACUAAACAUGCUCAUACUGUGUGUUGUUCACAACAUUAUAGCAUAGAUGCAGAUCAUCCAGCAAGGAGCAUCUCAGAAAAAAAAUUACAUUUUCCUAGUAGCAUGUACUAUCCUGAUAAUGGUCAGUGUGAUUGCCAAGAGUUUUGAUUCCUUUUUCUUAAAACAAUUGCUUUUAAAGAAUAAAAGUGUUUCUUAUUA